AUGGAAUUGAAGGCACAGCUCAAGGUUCUUAAUAAGCCUGCUGUCAAAAGCAUUCAGAAUGAACAUGGUGACAUCUUCGAUUGUGUGGACAUGUAUAAGCAACCAGCUUUCGAUCAUCCUUUGUUGAAGAAUCACACAAUCCAUAUGAGGCCCACUUCCUAUCCAGAAGGGAUGGAAAAUCAAGACCCUUUAAAUGCCAAUCUACAUAUUGGGCUUAAGGAUGGUGGAUGCCCCCUUGGGACUGUACCCAUUCGACGGACUAAAAUGCAAGAUUUAAUGAGAACAAAAUCUCUCUCUGAUUAUGGUCGAAAAAAUGUAGAAAAUGGGGCCCAACUCAACUCCCCAUCUAGUCAUCAUUAUGCAAUUGCAAACUUGUCUGAUCAGGUGCUAGGAACCCGAGUGACUAUGAAUGUGUGGGACCCAAUACUUCAAGAUGAUCAAAGUCAAUUCAGUUUGGCCCAGUUAUGGAUUGUCAAUGGCCGGUCAUAUCAAGUCAAUACCAUAGAGGCUGGAUGGAUAGUAAGUUUGCAGUAUAUGUUGUUCAUCUUAGAGGGCAGCAAUGCAGAUGAUUACAAGAGUACAGGCUGCUACAAUCUAUUGUGCCCUGGUUUUGUACAAGUUAGCAGAGAUAUACCCGUUGGCUCUACCAUACAACCAACUUCUACCUACGAUGGAUAUCAGAAGGAAAUCACCCUCCAAGUAUUCAAGGAUCCAAAUAGUGGUGAUUGGUGGCUGACAUUCGGAGACAACAACAUCGAAGUAGGCUACUGGCCUAAGUCCCUAUUCACAACCUUAGCUGACAGUGCCUCUAUAGUUCAAUGGGGUGGUGAAGUAUUCACAUUUGAAAGCAUCCAAAGUCCUCAAAUGGGCAGUGGCCAUUUUCCUGAUGAAGGGUUUAGAAAGUCCUGUUAUAUGAAAAAGCUGAUGUUUGUGGACAACACCACCACUUUUAAAGACAUCCCUGACAACACCCCUCUCUAUGAAGAUCUGACUCAGUGCUACAGAGUGAUUGAUGGUGGGAACUUAGGUGGAGAUUGGGGUAGGCAUAUCUAUUUUGGUGGGCCAGGAGGAUGCUAGAGUUGUGAUGGACGGUUGAUUUUCAAUGUUUUUAUGCACUGCAAGCUUGACUCAUAUACGGGUUUUCUAACUAAGUGAUAAAU